AUCGCCUUCUUCCUUGAUGUAGGAGCUUGUCUCUAUGACAACAGCGAGGCGGAGUCUGGAGGAACAUAACGUUAUUCACGCUUGUCUCUAUCGGCAUCAUCACUGAUCGAGAUACAGAUAGAUAUCCCCUGGAAUGGAAGACACGGACAAAAAAGACCAUGGGGAAUAUAGCGGAGUGAUAAAGGGCGGGCUGCGGCCCUCCAUGAAGCUGGUUGUGAUGGGGAUCGUUAACAAUAAACCCAAGAGCAUGGAGGUGGUCGUGUCCAGUUUCCCCCAGCAGGAGGAGCCAGAGGGCGACGUGGGCCUCCAGCUGAAAGUCAACUUCCCGGAUAAAGCAGUCCAGCGGAACGCCCGUCUGGCUGGGAAGUGGGGUCCUUCCGAGAACACCCUGUCCUACUUCCCCUUCACCGCUGGAGAGUCCUUCAAGAUGGAGAUCGUCUGCGAGCACCAGCAGUUCCGCAUCCUGGUGGACGGCCAGCCGCAGUUCAGCUUCACCCACCGCCUCACACCCCUGGCCUCGCUCACCGCCCUCAGGGUGGCUGGGGAUCUGCAGCUAACCAAGGUGGCCUAACCCAGACCCUGAUCCUCCCAGCCAGACCCCCGAAGACCCAGAGCCUGACCUAGACCCCGCCCUAGCCCUGACCCCCACAGACCCAGACCCCAGCCCUGACCGACCUAGACCCUAACGUAACCCCUGACCCCAACUUAGACCGACCCUAGCCCUGACCUUCACUGACCCCAACCCUAACCUUGACCUAGACCCCAACCCUGACCCCAACAAACCCAGGUCCCAAAACUCCUCAGACCUCCUCCGUAACCCUGGCCCCCACGGACCAGGACCCUUACCCUGACCUCCCCUGACCCUAACCCUGGCCUCCACGUGCCGGGACCUUAACCCAGACCUAGACCUACCACAAAUCUACCCGAGGAAGAAGUUGGAGUCCAAUUAGGUAACGAGUCCAUUGCGGAUGUUGGUGGGUCCAACCCAAAGUGACGCCUGCCUUGUAAUCCCGUUUUAAAACGGGAUUAGUGCCUCACUAGAUUACCUGCAAGGGGAAUUAAACCCAUUGACUGAAUGUAGGCCUAACAAUGUGUCAGUGUCCUCAAUUCACCGCGGGGAAUGUGAACUGAAUUGUGUGAAUUUGAGGAAUUAGCAUUUGUUGUUAAAUUGCAAUGAUGAAAUCGAGGGUGUUGUGCUAGUGACUAAAUAAUUGCUGAAUCUGUCUAAGUACUGUGAAGUGAGACUAAUGAAGAUUAAUAAUUGUAAUUCUGUAAUCCUGCACAAAAAUUGAGUGCAAUCUCAAGUUUGUCUGAGGCUAAAUUACUGAAGCACUUUUAUUUACAGUGACACGAAGAAUGAUUUUUGUGAAAUCAGUUGAAUCAGAUAAAAUUGGAUUCAGUCUGUUCCCAACUUUACACCCGAAUAUAUGUUUGUGUAUAACUAAAUAGGUGCAUGGAAAGAAGAUAGUUCCUUCUGUUUUGUCAAUAGGCCUCCCAAGAGGUUAAAUAGCAUUUUUAAUCCUUCUAUGUUUACUGUUUUUAGCUUUGAAAAAGCUGUAUUUUUAACACUGUCCAUGUAAUCAAUACCUAGCACUUUUUUUGAUCGGAAUGUUCCACUUGUACUUGACUUCACGGCAAUAAACUGUAAUUUGUUUGUUA